AUAUCCAAGAUAAUUUCAAACAGACUUACUUCACGCCAUUGCAAUCCAAAUAUUUUAUACAAAAUUUUAUUUUUUUUCAAACUCUCUCAAGCUUCAUAUUAAAAGCCUCUCUAGGCUCUGCAAAUAUUUUGUAUAUCCAAUAGCUCUCAAAAUGAAGAAAUUAUGUCUUCCUGUUCUCUCUCUCUUCCUAAUCAUCUGUCUCUCCCCUCAACUCCUGAAAGCACAAGAUGAUGAUUUUAUCAGGCAACCCCCUCGCAGAGUCAUAUUUACUAAACACACCCGUUCGGACUCGGACCCUCAACAGGUGCAUAUUUCACUGGUGGGAAAAGAUCACAUGAGGGUUUCAUGGGUUACCAAUAGCAAGCAUGGAAAAUCAGUUGUGGAAUAUGGAAAGGCACCCGGGAAAUAUAAUAGCAAGGCAACUGGAGAAGACACAUCGUACAAGUAUUUUUUCUACAGCUCUGGGAAGAUCCACCAUGUUACCAUUGGCCCUCUGGAGCCUGCCACUAUUUACUACUAUAGGUGUGGAUGUUCAGAGCAAGAGUUCUCCUUCAAGACACCCCCACAAAAACUUCCUCUUGAAUUUGCUGUGGCCGGUGACCUAGGGCAGACUGAAUGGACAAACUCCACCCUAGAACACAUAGGAAGCAUAGACUACGAUGUACUUCUUCUGCCUGGUGAUUUGUCAUAUGCCGACACCCAUCAACCCCUCUGGGACUCAUUUGGCAGAAUUGUUGAGCCCUACGCAAGCAAACGCCCAUGGAUGGUCACCCAAGGCAACCAUGAGAUCGAGAGCUUCCCCAUCAUCUACCCAACUGGCUUCAAAGCCUACAAUGCCAGGUGGCGGAUGCCCUAUCAAGAGAGUGGGUCCACCUCAAACUUGUACUACUCUUUUGAGGUUGCUGGGACCCACGUUAUCAUGCUGGGGUCCUAUGUGGAGUUCGAUGCUGAGUCAGAUCAGUACAGGUGGCUUCAGGCUGACUUGGCAAAGAUUGAUAGGAAGAAAACCCCAUGGGUUGUUGUGCUUUUGCAUGCACCUUGGUAUAAUACGAAUACUGCUCAUCAAGGUGAAGGAGAGAGCAUGAGGCAGGCCAUGGAAGAGUUGUUGUACAAUGCAAGGGUCGAUGUGGUUUUUGCAGGACAUGUUCAUGCAUAUGAACGAUUUACCAGGAUUUACAACAAUGAGGCUGACCCAUGCGGUCCGGUGUAUAUGACAAUUGGUGAUGGUGGAAACCGAGAAGGAUUGGCAUUAACGUUCGAAGAGCCUGCUUCCCCUCUGUCCUUGUACAGAGAGCCAAGCUUCGGCCAUGGAAGGCUGAGAAUAGUAAAUGAAACACACGCAUUUUGGGGAUGGCAUCGAAACAACGACUCAAACUCGGUUGUGAAAGACCAGUUUUUGUUAGAGAGUUUGAGCAGCUCUAAAACAUGCUUGAAAUCUGUUAACCAGAAGGAGAAGACGGCAUCAUCAUCCGUCAAUGAUGAACUAUAGGAGAUUAUAUAUAAUUUCACAGAAAAUAAACAGUUUUCUUCUCAUAAAUUGUUUCUGUCUAGCCAAUGGCGAAAACAGAAUUUUUACCCCAAGAAGUCAUAAUGUAAAAGUUCUCAAAAAAGUUUGGAAUAGAAAUAACACUGUUAUAUUGACAUUAA